AUGGAAUUGAACGAAAAAGAACUUCUAUUUAAACGUAUAGACUACCUUUCUAUUUGUGCUUUGAAAUUUGCCGAACUAGACCCUUGCGUCUCAAGGAAUUUGAUGAGAAGAACUGUUGAAUUGGUGGAAUAUUGUAAUCUUGAAAUUCCUGAUAGACAAUUACUACUCUUUUGUAAUCAUUGCGGAAGUAUCAGGAUUCCAGGACUACUAGCCAAAGUAGAAGUGUCAAAAGCUUUAGACAAGUUAACAAAUAACUUUAAACUUAUAAACACAUGUUGCGCAUGCAAAAUCAAGUAUACCUACAACAACAAGCUUACAAAGUGA